CUGAGGGCGCGCGGGAGUUUGGGCUGCUGCCGAGGCGCUCCCGCGGCGUCUCUCCUGCCAGCCUAGCUGCUCGGGAGAGUUGCCCGACUCCUCCACCUUGAGCGCUCGGGCUGCGGCUGUUGCUGCUGCUGCUCCUCAAGUUCGGCUCGUCCUGACGGGGCGCCUUGUCGUUGACUCUUAGGAUAGGAACGGGCCGAGCGCAGCCGUCAUGCGCCCCAGUAGACAAGUCCUUUGGAAGGCUUGGCGGCUGUGAGGCAGUUUUCCCCGGGCUCCCUCCCCCCCCCCACCUGAUGCGGGGCAACGCAAAAUGGUGCUCAAGUGAGUCAGAGCGUCCUUCUCGUGAGGAGGACCUUGGCGCCUCGUCCUAUAACCUCGGCCGGUCUCGUCUGGGCUUCGGAGCAGAAGGGGUCUCCUUUUUGUCCUGCCCGCGUUCUUUUGGAUCGGCCGUGGCUUGGAAGAUGUCGGGGGGCUUCUAAAACAGAAGCGGGCGGGGCGGCCCGAGAAGCAGACGGACAGGCGCGCCGCGCAUUGGCUUCAGCCUUGGACCAGAAAGAGUGGACCUAAAAAGUUAGAGGAGCCGCUGUCUGGUAAAAUCGCCCUCGGUACUGCUUCUCUCCUUUGUCUCACCAAGAGGCGCCUCGCUCCGAUCUCCUAGCGAUGGCAACAGAAGUGGUGUGUGGACUGAUCUUCAGACUGCUACUUCCCAUCUGUCUAGUCACUGCAUGUGCAUUCCGCUACAAUGGGCUCUCAUUUGUCUACCUCAUCUACCUCCUGCUCAUUCCUUUGUUUUCAGAACCUACAAAAACAACUAUGCAAGGACACACGGGACGGUUACUCAAAUCCUUAUGUUUCAUGAGUCUGACAUUUCUGCUUCUGCACAUCAUCUUUCAAAUCACAAUAAACAGUUUGGAAGCUGGUAACACUAUUGAACCUGAUUAUCACUGCCUUACAUGGGAGAAAACAUUACGGCAAAUUGGAUUUGAGAGUGUCAAAGGGGCAGAUGCAGGCAAUGGAAUCCGAAUUUUUCUUCCUGAUAUUGGUAUGUUUAUAGCCGGUCUGACCAUAUGGCUCAUAUGCAGGAAUAUUGUGAAAAGAACACCGGAAGAGGAUGCAGGACUGUACAAUGCACAGUUUGAAGGCGAAGACAUGAAUGAAGCAGAGAGAAUAGAGGCAGAAGAUGCAUUAAUAUGUGAAGAUUUGGAUGAUGAAGAGUGUGGGGAAGAGGAAUUUGAAGAAACUACAAAAUUAAAGCUGCUGAGAAGAAUUGCCUCAAUAGCUUCCAAACUGAAGGAGAUUAUUGGCAACAUUAUAACCACAGCUGGAAAAGUUGUUGUUACAAUUCUGCUUGGUACAACAGGAAUGAUGUUGCCAUCGCUGACUUCAGCAGUGUACUUUUUCUUAUUCCUGGGUUUGUGUACAUGGUGGUCUUGUUGCCGAACAUUUGAUCCACUGAUAUUCAGCUGUCUCUGUGUGUUAAUGGCUAUAUUCAGCGCAGGCCACUUAAUUGGACUUUACCUAUAUCAGUUACAGUUUUUUCAGGAAAUUAUUCCACCAAAUGAUUUUUAUGCCAGGUUGUUUGGUGUCACUUCGGUCAUUCAGACAAACUGUUCAAGCACCUGGAAAAUCAUAACCAACCAAAAUUUGGAAUGGUACCAUUAUACAAGCCCAAUCUUACUGUUGUUGUUGUACUACACCCUAGCAACUCUCAUUCGACUUUGGCUACAUGAACCUAUUGAACAGUCUGUACCUAAUGAUGACAAAAGUGGUAACAGAGAAGAUGACACAGAUGUCGGCCAGAUUGAAAUGACUGCAGAGAGAAGACGCAGCUUGUGGUAUGCAAGCCACUACACAACUGAAGGAAAAGUUCUCUGCCUGACAGUGAAUGGUACACCUAUUGAUUAUCACAGCAUACACCCUUUGCGUCCAAUAGAGAAUGGACCUGCCAAUGUGGAUAUAUACUCAAGACCACACUACAAGUGGGACCCAUCAGCAGAUGACUUAGAAAUGAAAGAAGAGGAGGAGGAAGAGGAAGGAGAAGAGGAGGGAGAAGAGGAUGAAGAUGCUAAAGAAGAGAAAAAUUCGAAAGUCCAUGCAAUGGUCACAGUUUUCCAUUUUAUCAUGAAGCAGAGUUAUGUUUGUGCUUUGAUUGCCAUGAUGGCCUGGAGUAUUACUUACCAUAGCUGGUUAACAUUUGUGUUGCUGAUAUGGUCCUGCAUACUUUGGAUGUUGCGCGAUCGAAGGAAAUAUGCCAUGAUCAGUUCACCAUUUAUGGUUGUUUAUGGAAACUUAUUAGUAACAUUACAGUACAUAUGGAGUAUUGACCUGGAAGAACUUCCUGUCCUUUCAGGAUUUUUAGAACGGAAGCCUCCUAUAGAGCUAGGAUCAAAAAUUCUAUUUGUGGUUACUUUUUGGCUGCUGCUUAGACAGCACCUCACUGAGAGGAAAGCCUUGCAAUUAAAGGAAACUAUUUUAUCUGAAGUCAAGGUGGAAGAUGGAGAGAGUGAAGAAAAAGAAGAAGAAUCCCCAAAAAGUGAAGGAGAAUCGGAAAAAGAGGAAGAGGAAGAGGAAUCUGAAGAAGAAGAAGAGGAGGAGGAGGAGGAGGAAGAUGUGAUGAAAGUUUUGGGAAAUUUGGUGAUGGCUAUGUUUGUUAAGUACUGGAUUUAUGUCUGUGGAGGAAUGUUCUUCUUCGUCAGCUUUGAAGGGAAGAUUGUCAUGUACAAAAUCAUCUAUAUGAUGCUCUUUUUGUUCUGUGUCGUAUUGUACCAGGUGCAUUAUGAAUGGUGGCGGCGAAUUCUGAAAUAUUUCUGGAUGUCAGUGGUGGUUUAUACUAUGCUGGUGCUUGUUUUCAUCUACACAUACCAGUUUAAAUCAUUUCCUGGACUGUGGAAAAACAUGACAGGGAUGACUGAUGAACAACUGAAGGAUCUUGGUUUAGAACAGUUUUCAGUGGCAGAAUUAUUUACCCGCAUCUUUAUUCCAACCUCGUUUUUGUUGGUGUGCAUAUUACAUUUGCAUUACUUCCAUGACCGCUUCCUCCAGCUCACAGAUUUAAAAGCCAUAAUCAGCAAGCAGGAGAGUGCUAUUUACAGGUUGGUACACCAAGAUGGAAGCCUGCCUGAUCUCACAAUGAUGAAUUUAAAUGUGAAUUUAAGUGGAAAGGAUGGAGAAAAUGUAUUGCAAGAUCAGGAAAAUGUGUUGCUAGAACAAGAAAAAAUGUUGCAGGAACAAAAAGAACUCGAAAUGAAUGUAGAGGAGGAAGAAGUUGAGGAAGUGAGGGAUGAAAAAGAAGGAGAGGAAGGGGAGGAAGAAGAAGAUGAGGAUGAAGAUGAAUCAGAGACAGAAGAAACAUCAGAUUUAAGGAACAAAUGGCAUUUGGUAAUUGAUCGUCUCACGGUACUUUUUCUGAAGUUCCUGGAAUGCUUUCAUAAGCUGCAAGUUUUUGUUUGGUGGCUUUUGGAGUUGCACAUUAUCAAGAUUGUUUCGUCAUAUAUUAUCUGGGUCACAGUGAAAGAGGUUUCCCUCCUCAACUAUGUGUUUUUGAUUGCCUGGGCUUUUGCUUUGCCAUAUUCUCAGUUCCGUCCAUUAGCCUCCAGUGUCUGCACAGUAUGGACUUGUGUGAUCAUCAUCUGCAAAAUGUUGUACCAACUAGCAUCUAUUAAUCCUGCAACAGUCAACUGCACAAUGCCUAAUACAACAGUAAAGCAAGAAGACCUGAAUGAAUCACUUCUCUACCGGAAACCCAUUGAUCCAACUGAGUGGGUUGGAUUAAGAAAAGCUAGUCCUCUGCUUGUAUACCUAAGGAACAACUUGCUAAUGUUAGCAAUUCUAGCCUUUGAAGUUACAAUUUAUCGACAUCAGGAAUACUACAGAUGUCGGAACAAUCUCACAGCACCUGAAACCAAAACUAUUUUUCAUGACAUUACCCGAUUACAUUUGGAUGAUGGCGUAAUCAGUUGUCUCAAGUACUUUGUAAACUACUUUUUCUACAAAUUUGGUUUGGAGAGCUGUUUCCUCUUGUCAGUAAAUGUAAUUGGUCAGAGAAUGGAUUUCUAUGCCAUGAUUCAUGCCUUUGCUUUAAUUGCUGUACUGUAUCGACGGAGAAGAAAAGCUAUCGCAGAGAUCUGGCCAAAGUACUGCUGUUUUCUGGCAUGCAUCAUUACAUUCCAGUACUUCAUCUGUAUUGGCAUUCCACCUGCUCCUUGUAAAGAUUAUCCAUGGAGAAGUCCUAAUGCAAACUUCAACUCUAAUAUCAUCAAAUGGUUAUACUUCCCAGAUUUUAUUAAACAACCAAACCCGGUCUUCCUUGUUUAUGACUUCAUGUUGUUGCUAUGUGCAUCCUUACAAAGGCAGACCUUUGAAGAUGAGAACAAGGCUGCUGUGCGUAUUAUGGCUGGAGACAAUGUAGAGAUCUGCAUGAACCUUGAUGCAGCAUCAUUUAGCCAACACAAUCCUGUCCCUGACUUUAUCCACUGUCGAUCUUACCUAGAUAUGGGCAAAGUGAUAAUGUUUAGUUACCUCUUUUGGUUUGUGCUUACCAUCAUCUUUAUAACGGGAACAACUCGGAUCAGUAUAUUUUGCAUGGGCUACUUAGUAGCAUGCUUCUACUUCCUGCUCUUUGGAGGAGACCUGUUGCUCAAGCCUAUCAGAAGCAUUCUUCGCUAUUGGGACUGGCUGAUAGCUUAUAAUGUCUUUGUGAUUACAAUGAAAAAUAUAUUGUCAAUAGGAGCAUGUGGUUACAUCGCGUCAUUAAUUAAGAACAGUUGUUGGGUGAUACAGAUAUUUAGUCUGGCCUGUACAGUGAAGGGUUAUGCAAUUCCCUCUGAUAAAGACAAAGACUGUAAAUUACCUAGUGGGGAGGCAGGAAUCAUCUGGGACAGUAUUUGCUUUGCCUUCCUGUUGCUGCAAAGAAGGGUCUUCAUGAGCUACUACUUCCUCCACGUGGUUGCAGAUAUUAAAGCAUCACAGAUUCUGGCAUCCAGAGGUGCCGAACUUUUCCAGGCCACAAUUGUGAAAGCUGUAAAAGCAAGAAUUGAAGAAGAGAAAAAAUCAAUGGACCAAUUGAAGAGACAAAUGGAUCGUAUCAAAGCAAGACAACAAAAAUAUAAAAAGGGUAAAGAAAAAGUGAUGAGCAUGAGUCAAGAAGCUACCGAUGGGCAGGCAAUUCAAAAGGCAGCUGAAGAUGAUGAUGACGAUGGAGAAGCAGAAAAACAGAAAGCCAAGGGCAAAAAAAAGCAGUGGUGGCGUCCUUGGGUUGAUCAUGCUUCUAUGGUCAGAAGUGGAGAUUAUUAUUUGUUUGAGACGGACAGUGAAGAAGAGGAUGAAGAGGAAAAAAAGGAAGAGGAAGAACCUUCAAGAAGAUCUGCAUUCCAGAGAGCUAUUGCGAAAUUUGCUUCCGCCAUUUUAGCCUUGCCAAAGUCUGUUAUUAAACUGCCCAAAACUAUUCUUCAGUAUUUAAUCAGAGCUGCAAAGUUUGUUUAUCAGGCCUGGAUCACUGAUCCGAAAACUGCCCUCCGGCAGCGGCGCAAAGAGAAGAAAAAGUAUGAAAAAGAGGGAAGAAGAAGGUGGAAAGGAGGCUCUAAGGAUGUAGGUAUAGAAGUGGAGUGCGAAGAAAGAGAAGAACCUGUGAAAAAGAAAUCAGAUGGACCUGAUAACAUUAUAAAAAGAAUAUAUAACAUCUUGAAGUUUACCUGGGUUCUUUUUCUGGCUACAAUAGACAGUUUCACAGCUUGGCUCAAUUCAAUUUCAAGAGAGCAUAUUGAUAUUUCCACAGUGCUAAGAAUUGAAAGGUGCAUGCUUACUAGAGAAAUAAAAAAGGGGAAUGUUCCUACUCGGGAGAGUAUCCAUAUGUAUUACCAGAACCAUAUAAUGAAACUUUCCAGGGAAUCAGGAUUGGAUGAAAUUGAACCCGGACAGGCUGAAAGGACAGCAAGUCUGGAAUCAGCUCUUUCUCGUGACAGUGAAUCCAGCUGCUGCACUGAAGCAACUACACUAUUGUUGUCAAGACAGUCAACCCUAGAUGAUAUAGACGGACCAGAUGCUAUUCCUAAAACAAGUGAGCGUGCACGACCUAGGCUUCGUAAAAUGUACAGCAUGGAUAUGUCAUCCUCAUCUGCUGACAGUGGCAGUAUGGUGUCAAGUGAGGCCACCCAAGUCACCAUGCUGUAUUCCCGUCAGGGAACAGCAGAGACCAUUGAAGAAGUUGAAGGGGAGGAGCAUGAAGAAGAAGGAGUAGAUCCUGCAUCUGGACAAGAACCUGACAUGGAAGAUUUUUGUGUGGAUUCUGAAGGCGCUGCAUACACUUCUGAUACAGACAUGCCCUCCUAUUCUGCUUUGGAUGGCAUUGCUGAUCCCCCUCCUUCAUAUAGCAAAGUUGUGAGCUUGGAGCUUUUCCCAAUGGAUGGUUCCCAAGAUGGCUCCUCUGAUAAAAACCAAAUGAUGGUGAGCCCAGAUGAAAAUCAGUCUAUCAAACAGGAAGAUUCUAUACUUCCUCCUUUGACACAUGAGCUGACUGCAAGUGAACUACUUCUUAACAAAAUGUUUCAGGAUGAAGAACUGGAUGAAUCAGAAAAAUUCUAUGCCAAUCAGCCACGGUUUUUGCUCCUUAUUUAUGCUCUAUAUAAUACACUUGUAGCACGUUCAGAAAUGGUGUGUUAUUUUGUAAUUAUUCUUAAUCACAUGAUCUCUGCCUCCAUGAUUACCCUAGUGCUUCCUAUACUCAUCUUUCUCUGGGCUAUGCUCUCUGUCCCAAGACCUAGCAAACGUUUUUGGAUGACGGCCAUAGUCUACACUGAGGUGGCAAUUGUUAUAAAGUAUUUUUUCCAGUUUGGAUUUUUCCCUUGGAACAGACAGUUAGAGCUAAAAAAGGACAAACCUUACCAUCCUCCCAAUAUUAUUGGUGUUGAGAAGAAAGAGGGUUAUGUGCACUAUGACCUUGUUCAGCUACUUGCUUUGUUUUUUCAUCGAUCAAUUUUAAAGUGUCAUGGAUUAUGGGAUGAUGAAGACAUCGGAGACAACAGUAUUAGUAAAGAUGACUCUGAUGAUGAGUUGGCUGAAUCAGAGAGGAGGGGUUCUUCUGACUCUUUGACAUCAGUAAAUUUGGCAACGUCUGUGGAAUCGAUCCAUGUCCAUUUCCCAGAGCAGCAGGCUGCCGUGCGUAGGAAGAGUUCAAGCAGUGGCUCACAGCUUUCACACAGAUCCAGCUUUUCUUCUCACCGUUCAAAGAGAGGAAGUACCAGCACAAGGAAUAGCAGUCAAAAAGGAAGCAGCGUAUUGAGCAUAAAACAAAAAUCUAGGAAAGAGCUCCUUAUGGAAAAGCUGCGGGAACAAAUUAUCAUAGCAAAGGCAUUUACAAUUAAAAAGACACUUCAAAUAUAUGUGCCUAUCAAACAGUUUUUCUACAAUCUCAUCCACCCAGACUACAGUGCUGUGACUGAUGUUUAUGUUCUGAUGUUCCUUGCUGAUACUGUGGACUUUAUCAUCAUUGUGUUUGGAUUCUGGGCUUUUGGGAAACACUCUGCAGCAGAAGAUAUUGCCUCUUCAUUAUCAGAGGACCAAGUCCCCAAACCAUUCUUAAUUAUGGUACUAAUUCAGUUUGGUACCAUGGUAGUAGAUCGGGCACUGUAUCUGAGGAAAACUGUCAUGGGAAAAGUAAUUUUUCAAGUCAUCCUUGUUUUUGGCAUACACUUUUGGAUGUUUUUUAUCUUGCCUGCAGUGACAGAAAGGAAAUUUAGCCAAAAUACAGUUGCACAACUCUGGUAUUUUGUGAAAUGUGUUUAUUUUGGGUUAUCAGCAUAUCAGAUACGUUGUGGCUACCCAACUCGAGUAUUAGGCAAUUUCCUUACAAAAAGUUAUAAUUAUGUAAACCUCUUCUUAUUUCAAGGAUUCCGUCUGGUACCAUUCUUGACUGAACUGAGGGCAGUAAUGGACUGGGUUUGGACAGAUACAACAUUAAGUCUUUCUAGCUGGAUCUGUGUUGAAGAUAUUUAUGCUCAUAUAUUCAUUCUAAAGUGCUGGCGAGAGUCAGAAAAAAGAUAUCCCCAGCCAAGAGGUCAGAAGAAGAAGAAGGUUGUAAAGUAUGGAAUGGGUGGCAUGAUUAUUGUCUUGCUGAUCUGUAUCGUAUGGUUCCCACUGCUUUUCAUGUCUCUGAUUAAAUCUGUUGCAGGCGUCACAAACAAGCCACUUGAUGUAUCAAUCACAAUUACAUUAGGAGGCUAUCAGCCUAUAUUUACAAUGAGUGCUCAGCAGAGUCAACUAAAAAAUAUGACAGAAGAAGCAUUCGAGAAAUUACGUAAAAAAUAUAAUGAUGAAAAUAAUAUUGGUGCUUUACAGUUUCUAGAGAACUAUGGUAGUGAAGAUGUGACAGUGGCACAGCUGGAAGGCAGUUCAAAUUCCUUAUGGACUAUCAGCCCUCCUAGCAGAAAAAAUAUGAUUAAGGAGCUUGAGGCAAAUAAUCCUGAGUUUUCUUUGGUUAUUUCAUGGAGUAUCCAAAGAAACCUCUCCCUUGGAGCAAAAGCAGAAAUAGCAUCAGAUAAAGUAUCUCUCAACCUGCCAAUUGAAACAAGAAAAAAAAUUGCCAAAAUGAUGAAAAAUUCAAGUGAAUCCUCUGUGGUACUAAAAGAAGUAUACCCCCAUUUUGUCAAGGCACCUAGUGAUUCUGUUGCAAAACCCCUGAAGCAGCUGUUAACAGAUGGGAAAGAAAAGAACAUCACUGUUUCAUUGUCCAGUAGUACUCAUGUGGCAAAUCAAUCUGAACGGCGUGAGUGGUGGGUUCUAAACCAGACUAACAAGUUUAUGGAACCAAAUGGCACAAGACUGGAACUUAUUGUGUUCAGUGACAAAGUUAGCCCUCCUAGCCUUGGAUUCUUGGCAGGUUAUGGCAUAAUGGGAUUAUAUGCUUCAGUUGUAUUAGUAAUAGGAAAAUUUGUCCGUGAAUUCUUCAGUGGGAUCUCCCAUUCCAUAAUGUUUGAAGAGCUUCCCAAUGUGGAUCGUAUCCUGAAAUUAUGUACUGAUAUCUUCUUAGUGAGAGAGACUGGUGAAUUGGAACUGGAGGAAGACCUGUACGCCAAAUUAAUAUUCCUGUAUCGCUCCCCAGAGACUAUGAUCAAGUGGACUAGAGAAAAAACUAAUUGAUCUCUUUGGAAUUUUCACUGUUAAUCAAGAUGACUUGAUCAGUUUGUUUUUAAAGCACAACAUUCUUCUGAAAGUGAAGCCUUUUAUAAUUAGUUUGCAUUUUUUUUGUUCAUGGAGUCUACUUGACUACUUAGAAAUCUAUGCUGCCUCUCGAAUCAAAGAUGUUGAAAACACCUUGAUUUCCACAGUCAGUUCAGAAAAAUCAGAAUAUUCUGCUUUUACUUUCAUGAACAAAAUCUUUUGCAUCCAUGUCUAAGUUAAGACUUGGGCUUUUAUUCAUAUUCUCAAAGGAAAAAGAAGGAUAUCACAGGUGAAAUAACCGGACCCUCAUUUUUUGGGGAAGGGAUAAUUUGUCUUGGAUUGUGCAAUAUGCUGCUUUACGUCACUGACUUUCAAGGGACACCAGUAGCUGAAGUUGCCCUUCUACCAAAUCCCUUGCAAUUGGGAACACGGUGGAUAUUGAAUGCAGCUCUAUUAUGUGCGUUUUCAGAAAUUCAGAUCUGUUGAAGAUUCUGCAGAUGUGCUUCUGGAAGAUGAAUAAUCGGUGAACAUUAUCAUUAACUGCCUUAUUUUAUUUGAACAGUUACAGGAGACAUUGAAAAACAUCAAUGACUUUACUCAGGAAAAUCAAAACUGUCCAAGUUCAACUAAUGGAUAAUGACUAUGGUGAAAUAAUGUGAUAUUUUUCUGGGCCAUUUUCACCAAAUAACUGCUCCUAACUAGAUGGGUAUUUUAAAAUAAAAGAAGACAGUUGAACUUUAUGAGAAGGCUUUGAGGGCAACCUUUUUCUCUGCUCCCUACAACAUACUUUCCUCUAUUUUGACAUUCUAAUGUAAUAAUAUGACUUGUAUCUAGCAUUUCCUUCCAGUGUUUCAGGUAUACAAUAAUGUUUACAUAUAAAACUCACAUUUUUAUGUCCAAGAUGGAUUUUUUUAAGUUCCUGGUUAUGAGAAAAGUAUAUAUAAUGAUGUUGAAAACAUGGGCUUUUCUUAAAUUAUUGUCCUUCAGAAGAGGACAUUGUAGCAUGAACAUGUAGAGUUGAAAUGCAGUUUUCCUUCCAUAAUUUCUCAACAGCAACAAUGCAGAAUGGGUAAUUUAUGCCAAGGGGUCAUACUGUGCAGUUUUCAUUUCAUAACAACUUCAAAUAAAGCACACACCACACAGUCAUUUUAAAGGUACAGUAUUUUGUAUAAAUUCUUUGUAUAAAUUAAAUAGGUCCAAGUUGUGAAACUGUCAGUAAUCACUGAAAAAUAAUCUUGGCUAUCUAUUCUAUACAAUAAUGUAAAAGUUACUUAACAGGUAGAUGAAUACAUGACAAAUGAACAGAAAAGGUAAGAGUAUACUUGUUUGUGCAUUUCAGCCUAUCUGUUAAAAACUGAAAAAUGCAAUGUGAUAAGAUUGUGACAUCCCCACAUCAUCUGCCUCCAUGAAAACACUGCUCGUAUCUUUCUAUACUGUGAAAAUUAGGUCAUUUAACACUAUGAAAUGCACAUCAAAAUAAACCACUUCAGCAUAUUGUACUAAUAAAACGCAGUGUUACUGAAACUUGUUUGAAAAUAUUCUCCUAGAAAUGAGAAAAUUAUUACGGUAAAGGUUUAGCUCAUUCUAUGAAAAGGUAACUCACUGAAUCAAUAUAAACAAUGAAGAGUUCUGUGGUACCUUGAGGACUACCCAAUAUAUUGAUGCAUGAAUUCUGUGCAGAACCUAAAUGCAUACAAAGUGAAACUUGUGUAUACUGAAAUCAAAUGGACUACUACCCACCUUGCCUUCUGUUUAUGAUCUCCCCCACAUCCCCCCACCCACUGUCCGCAUGUCUCUCACUUGAAGAUAAAUCACCAGGCUUCUACUGAAGGCCCUCCAUCCAAUGUUAGGGCAGUCUCCUCCCCCUACCCUCGCGUCCUAGCUCACCCCAUUCAGCAGGCUCUCCUCUGCCUCCGAAUAGGCAUGUACAAGGGAUUAGGGCAGCAGCUCUGCGAAGGAGUGACAUCUCAAUUGUAGACACCUACAUUUGGACCCAGACUGAUUUAGGUAGAUGAGAUUCCUGACUAGUUGGAGGCAGGGAUUUUUGUACUGGCCAGUUCCUCUACUGACUGUUUUUUUUCCAAUGUGUCCAACAGAGUGCUUUUUGGAAGCCUACAACUAGCUAUUACACAAAGACAAUACCUGAUACUUGUUUUCCACCAGCAGCUGUGGUGAAGGGGCAUACUGGCUCUGAACCUGGUACAGUAUUCCUCUUCAGGUACAGUGGUUGUAACUGAUGAUAAUCUAUCUUCCGUUAAUAUGUCCGAUUGCUCCUUUAAAGUGAUCUAGAAGUAGUGGCAGUAGGUUUCACCAUCUAAUUAUGUGUCUUGUCUGUCUUGAAUAAACAUACAGGCCAAUUUUUGAAUAAACUAUCAAUCCGUUUUCACUGAAUGGCAUUCAGUGCUAGAGUUACAAGAAUGAGGGCAGAUGCAGGCAGACAUAGACAGCCCAGAACUGGAAGUGAAUAUACAUGAACACUGGAAAGAAGCGACUCAAACAGAUCUCUGUGUUUGAGAAAUUAGACUUCAAAAGAAUCUGAUGCUUAAUGGCUGAACACGAGUCACAAAACAAAUUAAGUUGAUUUAGAAACUGAGUAAGGUAAGAAGAACUUGGUUCUAUGCUCUCAAACAUUUUCAGCAGUCAGCUAAGUCAUUUCCAACAGUCAGUUUCAAUUAAGUAACAUCAGUUUCUGCCCUGAGAGAAACACCUCACACACUCUCCACUUUAUCCACACUUUGCAGCUAGAUAAUUUUGGGUUUUGAUAGUUCUUUAAUAUUAAAACCUGCUACUCGCUUUCUCAGUAGUAAAAAAGACAAUAUACCUGUUUUUACCACUGAUAAACUUUUACUCUUCCAUACACAUGAAGUUUUUUGUUAGAGGUGUAUGUGACCAAUUUAAUACCCUUCAAAGGAAAUGCUUUCCUUUGAACUGAUAACAAAAUAGGAUCAGGUUUACCAUUCAAAUAUGUUCUUAUAGCAAAAGCAUAGAGUGGGUUGUGCAUAUCCCUUGUCUUCAAGGUGCUACGUACAGUCUGUAGGAUAACAUUGGAAGUCUGGAAGGGUAGGCUCCAUAAAUCUUUGCAUCUUCCCAAACCAUGCUGCUUUUUCCUCCAGAAGACUCCUAGGUAGCAUGGUUGAACUACAUACAACCACCAAGAUGGAUUGAACUAUUAUCCUUAAAUCACAUUUGUAACCUUAUUCAAGAAAAAAUCAUGCUUCUGCUUCUCACGCUUAUGCAUGCAUGUUAUUUAUGAAGCUUAACUUUAUUUAUAAAGCAAUGCAUAAAGAAUUAAUUAUAUAUUUCUUUUUUCUUAAAGAACAACAUUGUGAUGCAGCUCUGUAGGAAUGGGCCUUGAAUUUGUGCUGGGACUGUGUCCUGGAAUAUGUGAAGUAACAAAUUCUAUGCAGAAUGUUUUUCUCUUGCCAUUGAAUAAUCACAGUCAGUCCUGCCACACUUAGAAUGAAGAUGUAAAACUAUAAGGUAGAUGGCAUGGCACCCAAAUAAGCCUGAGAUUUAAUGACUAUUUUUAGAAACUAACCAUGAUUCAAGAAUACAUGUUUUAGUUUGUGUAGAACCUUGUGGAAUGUUCACUACAAAAAGAAGGUCUCAGCCAUUCAUGACAGAGUUACAUUCCAUGAAAUCUGUGAGUGUAAUUGGACAUCUAUAAAGAAAGCUGAAAGAGAUGGCUUUCUUUGUGUUGGAUACCAUGAUCCUUGUGCUGAAUAGUAGUAAGCAGUCUGGUACAGGUCUUGGACUCAAAAUAAAAUUUAUGUACCCAAAGGUGUGUACUGGAUCUGUGUAAACAUACUAGUAAUUGUAAGAAAGACUGGUGCACACAAUAGGUCUUUCCUGAAAAAGCUUGUAAAAGCUUGAUGGUUUUACUUAGAUUUCUAACUGAUGCCUCCUAAUUUCAGUUUCUUGCCAUGUAAAUAAAAUUGUACAUAACUGUAAAAAUUACAAACCCGUUACUUAAUGCUAAGGUUUAGUGCUUCAUUUUGUUACCUGAAAUGGCAGUGUGAAAAAAAUAGUGGCAAUGUGACUGGCAAAAAA